GGGUGCGGCGGGGGCGGAGCUCGGCGUCCUGCUGCCGCCGCCGUCGCCGCCGCCCGCGGAGCUGCAGCCCCUUCCUCCGAGGCUCUGGCCCCGCGGCGCUGCCCUACGUGGACAGGUGCGCGCAUCCCGGGCCUGACGGAUGAGCAGUCGGGCACGUGAACUCCAACCUCCAAUUUAGCUCCGUGCCGGGCAGCGGCGGCGGCGGCGGCGGCGGCUGCAGCCCCGCGGUGGGGGUGGCCCCCGCGGUCUCCGCCCGGCUCCUGCGCGCCGCCUCUGCUCUUUGCAUAGUAAUAUCAGUUCCUGCAAGCACCCAGCUCGCUCCCGGAGGGUCUAAAAAGGACCGCCGCUCCAGAGCCCGCCGAAGCCCUCGGUGUGGCGCCGAGAGCCGCUGCUUGGGACAUGCGACGGGAAAACCCCGCCACAGCGCAGGCAGUCGCCCCGCCGCGCGGGGGAGAACCGGGCGAGAGCAGAUGGACCCCUCAGAGGAAUCAUCCCUGACUGAGUCUUCACUCUGAGCUGAGACUGCUUCCCAGAGGGAGACUGCUCUGGGGAGAGUGCUGAGGUUUUCCUGAAGAAGAAUUCCAUGGGGACCGUACCUGACCCCUUGAGAUCGGCUAAAACUUCCUUGCUUGCAGCUUCUGGAAAAGAAGAGGAUCUAGAAGAAGUGCAGCCUGCCUCACCUCGGUCUCGACCAGCCCUCCUCUGUAAGAACACCAAUGGCCUUUCUGGCCCUCCUGAAGGGCCUGUCCUCAGCCCCAGGGCAGCUGCUGAUGCCUUGAUGCAGGCCUUUGAGCAUGAGACCACCCCGCUGGACAUGUCUUCCCCCAGUGUCUUCAGUGAGGUGGAAAAAGCGUGUCCUCCAUGCAACUCUCCUGGCAAUACCCAGCUGCCGGGAAGCAGCGAGCCCACAGCACCAGUUCCGUGUUCUGCAGCAGGAAAGGAUGUUCUAGACGAAGCAUUUACUAUGCCAGCCAAUCAACAGAGCCACCAGGCCAUCCCAGGCGACCAGCCUAGUGCCAGCCCCUUACCAGGACCUGAUGAUACGCUGCUGAAAACCCGGAGAACAUCAGACGGGGAGCAACCUGGAAAGUCAAGUUGUCCUGUGGGCAGCACCCAGGGCAACAGAAAAGCCCAAGUGCCCUGUGAUUUUCCCUCUCAAGAAAUAGUCCAGGGACUGGUGCAAACUGCAAAUACAGCGGCAUCUGUGUUCGGCUACACCUGCUCUCCUGGAGGCAGACCUGAAGGGGAGAGGCCCGGAGCCAUUCGCGACUCCCAGACAAGGUCCUGUGAGUCUCCAGCGAGAGAAGACAGGUGUUCUGGACAUACACAGCGCUCUGCCACCACCUCGGACAGCCAGGCCAUGACUUCUGUGACAUCUCAACCAUCCCACCUCACUAGCCAAGGGUCCGCAUUUCCUCCAGAUCUGGGAAAGGUGCCAUUGCCUGCACAGCACCAGGUUUCAAGGUUCAAAGAAGCAAGUACAAUGACCAAUCAACCUGCCGGUGAGGUCCAGGAGGUUGCCAGCAGGGCUCGGCAAGAUGCUGAGGUGCAGGCAGUAGCAAGUGUCGAGAGCAGGUCCGUCUCCACCAGCCCCAGCAUCCUCACCGCCUUCCUAAAGGAAAUCCCCAUUCCCGAGCGUCGGGAACCACAGGAGCAGCUGCGUGUCAUCUGCCAUGGCAGUGGCCAUGGCAGCCACACACUAGAGCUGUCUGAUGACAUCCUAGCCCCCCAGGAGUCGAGCCAGUGCCCUGGCAUCAUGCCAGAGGUGCACAUCCAGGCAACUGCGGCAGUUUCCACAGCUUGCCAAGGAGACUGUAAAUUGGGGAGCCUCCCAGGGGAGGUCCUUCAAAUCUCCACGAUCACUGUGGCAUCUGACAAUGCUCAAGAUAUGUGCAAGGAAGAUGGGGGGUCAGCAGGCAUGGCCCCGACGGGGCUUUCGGACGUGAACUCUAGCUCCCAGAAAGCUAGCCCCACUGACCAGAUUUCUGUUCGUGUAGGAAGUCAAACUGAAACAAAUCACAAAUUGGGGAAAUUUGAAAGCAAGCCAUCUGAGUUUGCAGUGAAAACCACAGAUGGUCCCCAAACAAACCCAGACUGCCAACUCUCUGACUCUUGUGGCCCUGCCAGCAAAGACGACCCGUCUGGGAGCGUGGAUCCCGCUCGUAAAGGACAGGCAACAGAGCCUGCGUCUCCGCGCAGAGUGAAACAGCAGGAAUGUCAGGGCACAGAUAGCCUCGAAGCCAGGGCAAGGGCAGAGGCCAAGACCCUGCUGCUCAACCCUAAAUCUCAAGAAAGUGCAGGCGCUGGAUCCGCUGCCAGCCCCACACCGUCCCCGGUCAGGAAGAACCAGGACGGUACCUUGGAAGAAAGCAGACAGACCAAGACGGCCACCAGCCUGAGCCUGCCGGCUGACUCCAUGGGGGACUCCAGCCCAGGUUCCGGCAAGAGGACCCCUUCCCGCCUGGUCAAAGCCAGCCCCCGCAGGGCCAGCCGCGUCAGCGAGUUUCUCAAGGAGCAGAAGUUAAACGUGACGGCAGCGGCCGCGCAGGUGGGACUCACCCCGGGAGAGAAGAAGAAGCAACUUAGCGCCGACGCCAAGCUGCAGUUGAAACAGUCCAAGCGUGUCAGGGAUGUCGUGUGGGAUGAGCAGGGCAUGACCUGGGAGGUGUACGGUGCCUCCCUGGACCCGGAGUCCCUGGGCAUCGCCAUCCAGAACCAUCUACAAAGACAAAUCAGGGAACACGAGAAAUUAAUCAAAGCUCAAAGCAGCCAGGCCCGGAGAUCCAUUUCCUCAGACACUUCUUCCAACAAAAAGCUCAAAGGAAGGCAGCACAGCGUCCUGCAGUCCAUGUUGCAGAACUUUCGACGCCCCAACUGCUGUGUUCGUCCCGCCCCUUCUUCUGUGUUAGACUGAAAGGGAACGUGUAUGGGAACCCUCGUGCACAGUUACGGUAUUCCCAAGUGUCUGUGUAUGUCAGAGCUUACUUAGUUUUUUGGGUUUUGUUUUGUUUUUUUCUUUCGAGAGACCAGUUAGAGAAAGCAAAUAUUAACUAUAGUGGCUAUGAAGCUUUGUUGGGUCCUUUGAUUAGGGCUCCAUGAAUGAAAAUAGUUCAAUUUGCAAGAAAGGACAAGAGAAAAGAAGGAAGCGUUACUGAAGGUUCAUGACCUUAAUUAAGAGGAAGUAAUAUUCACUGGGUUUUUUUUUUUUAAUUAUGAUGUUGCUUCUGGAACUAGCAUUAUCAUUAAACAUGUGUCAUUUAGAAUUACUGCCUCAAUUUAUCACACUCUGGUAUUUCCAUUAAAAUCCCUGCUUAACAUUAAAAAUAGCAAAAACACUAUAAGCAAAAGCACUGUUAGGCUCUCUAGUCAUAUUGCAAUAAGAAUGCCACUACCACACAAAAUUUAAAUAGAUGAUAAGAACUAAAAGGUAAAAAAUGUGAAACAAAUUUUGACUCACUCUUAGGCCAGAUGACAUUAAGUAAAAGCAUUUAAAUGCAUAAAAUACCAAACAUGAAUUAAUACUUGUAAACAUCUGCAGAUAGCUGUUUUUGUAAACCUUGUUAUACCGUUAAUAAAUGUAAGAAAGUUACGUUAGGAAAAUGAGCUAAGUUUUGACUAUGAAUACCGCCCACAUAAAACAUGAAUUUGUAUAUACAGAUUUCCCUGCAUGGAAGGCAAGGGGCAGCUCUAUGAUUCUGACUGGAUUAAAUUCAUCUCUCUUUAGAGGAAGUACAUCGACCAAAUUCUUGGAAGGAGUCCUUGAAUUAUUAAUAAUACUAAAGUUUGUGUUGUACAGGUGUCCUCCAAAAACAUCCUACUGAGAGUAUUAAGGUUUCAGUAAAGAAUUAUCAACAGCCAGUUUACCAAACACUCUCUUCUCUGUGUUGAAAAAAAAUAACAAAAGCAAUACAUUUAAUUUCACCUCCUGAAAACAGGCUGCAGUUUCUGUCUUUCUUUUGACUUGCUUGGUCAGUAGCUACUUGUUCAAUAGUAGUGUCUAAUAGAAAAUGUAGUCAACACCAAAUAGAACAGAAGCUUCUGCACAGUUUUUGUUAGGUAGACGAAUAUCAUGUAAUUGCCAAGUUUCUAAUCUAUAGUAAAAAGGUAGCCUUUGUGAACUUACUGAUUUUAAGAAAAAUACUUUCCUAUCUCAUGCUUCAAAUCCAAUAAAAAAGGCCUUCACUAAAACAGGGUUUGAGCGUCAGGUGGUCUGUAGUUUUUGAGAACAUAGGCACGUGUUUGAGCUCAGCCCGAACCUGUUUCCAGAAGAGGAGCACGUCCUUCUUGCCCAGGACUGUCUUACAGGGCACUGGGCUGGACGAUCAGCAGUGGCUUGAGAGCUGAGAGAGUGUGGAAGAGGGAAAUGAGAUUGGGCCCUGGAAAAGUUUCCCCUCCUAGAUUCAUUGCAGGGACAUCGCUGGUGUCCACCUUGCAUUAAGAGAAAAUCAGAUUGUAUUGUGUGCUCGCUGGUUGCCAUGCCUGAGCUUGUUUCCCUCGAUGAGUCCGAAAAGAGUGUCUGGCCAUGUAUUCCCUCUCUGUGGAAACUCACAAAUGCCAUUGGUGCAGGAAGCUCACAAUCUCUGUUUUGGCCUUUUUUUUUUUUUUUUUUUUUAAUUAUUCUCUUUUGCAGAUUCUGCACAUAUAGGGCAAAAUCAUACCUGAACUGUUAACACCCAUAUGCUAAACUGGGCACAGCCCAAAUUAAUAUAUAGCCAUUGGUUUCUUGUGAAGCAAUCGGAGUGUAUAUGAAGACCGCCUAAAAGGCUCCAGUCACAGUGCUCCCAGGGCCUCAGAAAUAAAAUUACAGUUUGUUAUGCUUGGAACAGAUAAUGAAUUUUUUAAUGAGGUGCA